CGUGCCCAUUCACUCACUGACACGAAACACAAAGAGGUGAGCAAGUAUGUCGACGGUAUUCUUGGCGUCCUUUACCUGUGCACAGGAGCCGGACUCGUCGUCGGUGGGCAAGGUCGGCCCUGCGGUGGCCUGCUAUCCGCGCGACGGCACACCGCCUAUGGCUGGUGCAAGUGGUGGAGGCGGCCGGCAGGCACCUGCGCACAACGGUGGCACCGCUGUCGGUGGGAUGGCAAUGGCAAAUUCGCCCGCUGCUGGGGGCAUGAUCAACUUUGCUGCCACUGGCAUGCCGCCCGCCGCUGCUCAGGCAGGCCAUGGCAUGGCCGGCUCGCCGCCUGCUGUUGCCCAUCACGGCUCGAUGGCAAGUCCGCUCGGAUCACCCAAUGCUGGAGGUGGAGAGCUCUGGGCCAUUCCGAGCAUGCCGGGCAUGGCCGCUGCGUCGAUGCAGCCACUGGCCGCCGCCAUGGGAAUGCCCGGCGUGCUGGGCAUGCAUGGCGCCGCCGGCAUGGUGCCAGGCAUGGGAAUGCCCGGCCCCAUGUACUCGGGCAUGCCUGCGUAUGGCAUGAACCCCAACAUCCACCAUCGCCGCAUGCAACAGCAUCAGUUCCAGAUGGCGCAGGCGCAGGCGCAGGCGCACGCUCAGGCGCAGGCGCAGGCACAAGCGCAACAGGCACAGGCGCAGGCGCAUGCACAAGCACAGGCGCAAGCACAAGCGCAGGCAGCCAGAGAUGCCGAAAACGCACAGGCAGCAGUGGCGGCAGCAGCACAGGCCGCAGCGCAGGCCACCGCCGCCGAGGCCGGUGAGGCAGAGCCUGACGGCGCGCAAAGCAAUUCUGCCAAGGCAGACGCGAGCGGCAAGGCGCGCCCGGGCCCGAGUACCGUUCGCUCGGGUCUCGCCAACUCGGCGUGGAGCAAGGGUGCACCCAAGGCGUGGUCGCAGGUGGCGGCAGGCGGCAUCAAGCCGGCGGCGACAGCGGCGUCGGUGACAGCAGCGUCGUCGGCGGCAGCUCACAAGAACGCAGCGACUGCCGGGGCGCGGGUGCAGGCGGCGUCGUCGCUGGUGCCGGGCGUCGAGGUGCGGGCGCUCAUUCCGAGGCUCCGCGAGCUCAUCCACUCCGCCAAACUGCACACUCAGUACCUGUCCGUCACCCGCAAGGUCUGGAGCGGAAUGAUCAACACCGACAACUUUUGCUACGCGCACUCGAUGCUGCAGGCGCUGAUGGGCAUGCCGAUGUUCUACGACCUCGUCCACCAGCUCUACCCGGCGUACGACAUCGUUGAAUGGGAAUCGACGCCCAUCAUCUACAUGCUCCUCUCGCUCGACGCUGACAUGUUGUGCAAGGAGUCGUCAACAACGGUGGCGGUCUCAACGGCGCGGCAGCGCAAGGCCAAGUCCAGGGGCAGGCGCCGCGGGCGUGGUGGCGUGCCUGGCUCGGCACCCGCCAGCGACGGCAGCUCGGCAGGCGCCGAGGGUGCAGCAGGCGCGACCGCCCGAGUCGGCGAAGCGGCAAGCUCGACCGCAGUCCAGUUUGAGGUCGCCGAGGCGUUCAACCCGGAAUACGUUCGUGACGCGGUGAGCCUGUUUGUUGCCAAGUAUGCCGGAGACAUGGCCGGCUCGACCGUGACGCACCAGCAUGACGCACAGGAGUGGCUCACCUUUGUCCUGCACUCGCUCCACGAGGAGUUCCUCCUUGCUGGUGGGCUGGCGGAUACGUCGGACGACGGCGACGGAUGGUCCGAGGUGAGCAAGGGCGGCCGGGCGGCCGAGGUCUCCCGGACCGCCAGCCGCGACAUCACCCUCAUCUCGCAGCUCUUUGCCGGAACAACCAAGUCUACCCGGUCCGGUGGCGGCCAAGCGUCGCUCGUCACGCUCCAACCAUUUUGGACGGUCCAGCUCUACGUCGCCGACCACGACUCUGUCCGCGACUGCCUCGCCUCGUUUGCCGGCUCGGAGCUCAUCGAGGGUUACGUCGACAAGCGGACUGGCCGUGAGACGCGGGUCACGAAUGAUACCUCGUUCCACACUCUCCCGCCCAUUCUCAUUUUCUCGCUCAAGCGGUUUACCUACAACAAGGCCGGCGGGCCGAUCAAGAUUGUGCGGCCGAUCAAGUUUGAGCACGAGCUCACCAUUCCCAAGAACCUCUGCUCCGAGAGCCUCAAGUCGUCACUCAUCUCGCGCGAGGCCACUACAUCACCCACGUCCGGAUGA